GGGAACUUUGCUUCCGUAACUUGUAACCUGCAACGUGCAACUCGCAGCUCGCAAGUUGCACCUUCAACCAUUUCCAUUCGUCGCAACUCGCCGCGCAAGCUUCAUUUUAGGCAACCGAAAAGUGUGAACUUUUCUUAAAAAUGACCAGUAUUGAUUGACUCAUUGAACACUCGAAUGAACAUCUUCGCCGUAUACCACAUUCAACAAGUCUAGUCCGCGAAGCUGCAAAGGUAGCGACCUGCCUACACGAUGCGAAAUGGCUCCCUCUAGCCUAACGCCCUUGGCUACCAACAAGCCGCUGAGCAUAAAAGAAAUAGCGGACAAAGCAAAGGACUUCGCAUGGAAUCCCAGAAUACCUAUGAAGGUAUGGCUGCGAACAGCCAAUUCCUUAAACCAAGAGGGCAGAAGCUACCUGGAAGAUGGCAACCUCGCCCAGGCUUAUUUCUUGUAUAUGCGAUACUUGACCUUGCUGAUGGACUGUUUCCCUACGCAUCCGGAUGCCAAAACCUCUGAAGGAAAAAGAACACUGGUCGAAGUAAACAAGUCACUGCCAGACAUCGCUACCCACCUCGAGAAUAUCAAGCCCUAUAUACAAAGAGAAUAUGAAGCUUGGGUAGCCUCGGAAUCUAAACGAAAGGAGAUACGCAGAAAGCAGCAAGCUGACCACGUCAAGCCAAAGGCAUCCUCACUUUACGAGGAGCACGCGUCCAAGGACCCCGCCUUGUCAUCGUCAUCCCGACUACUCGAUGCUGGAGACCACCAAGAACUCGCCGUUGAGUUAGCCCAGAGGGAGAUCCGCCGCAGGAAUGCAAACAGAAAUGCCACUAGGAUAGUUGGCACAGAUGGCAAGGAAGAGCCACAUCGACGUACGGCCGGUUUCUGGGAUAAUUGGACCAAUGAGUUGGCUGAGAGACAAGUGGAGGAGGAUGAGCUUUUCCGAAGGCAGCUGGAGUCUACGAGCAGAAUAGUAGAUGGGAGCGACAUCGACCGGGAUUUAGAGUCUCGACAAGAAUCUCGACCUUCAUUGGUGACCAGCCAAGGUUCAGGUUAUAACUACCCAUCAAUCUCCAAGCCCAAGCCCUUAUCGUACGAAUUUCCACAAUCACCCCCCCGACAUACACUGAGCCCACAGCCACCACGACCCCCGAAAGAAGAUCUCUAUCGAUAUGAAGCCGAUCAUACAUCUCGAAAUCUUCCACCAGAGCUCCCCGCCAAAGAGCUCAGUCGGCCCAAAAAGACACCUCUCACACCCGAGAUAUCUCGAGAACUCCCCACGCCCCCUCCCAAAAUACACGAUGAACCACCAGCACCCUCGGUAAAACAAAAACUCACUUUUAAACCGGCAGCAUAUCUCGAGAAUGGCGAGCCGAUCCGAUCCAUUUUCCUCCCUAAUCAACUUCGUCAUAAGUUUCUAUCCAUUGCAUCAGACAACACCAGGCGCGGGCUCGAGAUGUGCGGCAUCCUGUGCGGAACCGCUGUUAACAACGCGUUGUUCGUGCGUUGUCUGCUCAUCCCUGAGCAAAAGUGCACUUCAGACACGUGCGAAACGGAGAAUGAAGGCAGCAUGUUGGAGUAUUGCAUGAACGAGGAUCUCUUGAUGCUUGGUUGGAUUCAUACCCAUCCGACCCAGACCUGCUUUAUGAGCUCCAGAGAUCUGCACACACAGGCUGGAUACCAGGUCAUGAUGCCAGAGAGUAUAGCAAUCGUAUGCGCUCCGAAGUUCGAGCCUUCUUAUGGUAUCUUCCGCUUAACUUGCCCGCCCGGACUGGAUCAUAUUCUUGGCUGCACGCAAAGCGCUACCUUCCACCCUCAUGCGGUUGACAACCUCUAUACGGGAGCACGACGCCCAAAGGGCCACGUAUAUGAAAGUGACAAGCUUGAAUUUUACGUCAAGGACCUCCGGCCCGGCGUUCGCAACAGCACUGUGCAGCACAAGGGCUUCUAGGACACGAUGUCUGAAGGGAUAAGUUGCGGCGCUCGAACUUGUGUGUUGACGAUCUGCGUAUUUCUACGUCCGCAGGGGAACCGAGUGCCAAUUCGGUGGCCGGGUUGGCUGAAGAGGAAACGUCAACCUAGGUAGUAGCAUGACCACAAUGGGUUAAUUGAUGAUGAUGGCGUUUUGGUGACUUUUUUUACCGUCUCGGAGUUUGUCCUGGGGCAUUUAGGUACUUGGGCUUCACAGCCUCGCAACUGCAUAGCAUUGGCGCCGAGGAGACUUCUUUUUUAGAAGGGCGGAAGUCUGAACGUGAUGAAACUUGAUAGCCAUGGUUGGUCAAAUCCAUGGUUGAUUUUAGUGUAAUACGUGUGAUAGGAGGUCAUCAAUAAGAUGCCAUUAACCGUAUUCGAAACC